CAUUGCACCUUGCAUUAUGAUAGCAGACCCAGCUUUUGUUCCCCUAGGUGUUGCUGAACUUCAGCUCUUGAACAGUCAUGCCAGACAGGGAAUGUAGGGUCAUGUGCAGCCCUACUGAGUAUACAGGGGUCAUAUUUGAUGUUUCCAAUCAUAGCUGCGGGCUGUAGUGGCAGUACAUGAGGCUGAUUUUACUGCAUGUCACCACUAGGUGGAGCUCACAGGUUCACAGAGUUCCUCAGUAUAGAACAGACCAUGGAAAUUGCAGUCAAACAAGUUUACUGUGUUCCAAAUGCAAAGAAUUCCAAUGCAUGAAUGAAUGAGUGAAUAGUGUCUGCGCCUAUGAACCCAUAAUGCAUUACUGACCGGUGACCUCCCCUCCCCAAAUACUUCUAUUUAGCCUGUUCUGUUAGAUGCAUUGCUUCCUCUGAUGGAUUGUCAUUUUGUCAUUUGAAGUGCUUUAUCAGUAAAUAAUAUCUAUAUCUAUCAAAUCCAAUGCCUUAUCUUCAGUUAUCAAUUGAUUCUUCUGCCUUUGGUAUAUUCCUUUAAUUUAACCAUCUCACUGCCUCUUUUCGCUUACCAAGUAGAGUUUGUGCCCAUAAGUAGCAGGCACUAAGAGGUUAAUGAUUAACCAGUCUGGUUUCAGGCGCUCCUUGAAAGAAACAUUUGACCUUCACAACAUUACACUCCCCCUUCUCUCCCCCACCCUCCUCCUCCUCUCUCCCCACCCUCCACCUCGCUUCUCUCCACCUACAGCAACUCAAAAACAAGAUUUUAGAAUUAAGCAGAGGGAGGGUGAACGUCUCCACUUUUUUGGUCGUUAUGUCCUCAACAAUAAACUUGGGGCCGUCUGCAAAUCCAAAGUCCUUCUCGCCAAGCGUAAAUGUGACAGUAACUUCUACGCAGUGAAGGUUCUGCAGAAGAAGACCAUCCUCAAGAAAAAGGAGCAAAACCACAUCAUGGCCGAGAGGAAUGUUCUGCUAAAGAACCUGAAGCAUCCAUUCCUGGUGGGGCUGCACUACUCCUUCCAGACUGCCGAGAAGCUCUACUUUGUACUUGACUAUGUCAAUGGAGGGGAGCUGUUCUUACAUUUACAAAGGGAAAGAUGUUUUCUAGAACCCCGUGCCCGAUUCUAUGCUGCAGAAGUGGCCUGUGCCUUGGGUUAUCUCCACUCCCAGAACAUCAUCUACAGAGAUUUAAAACCAGAAAACAUUCUACUGGACAGUCAGGGCCAUGUGGUACUAACAGAUUUUGGGCUGUGCAAGGAAGGCAUGGAACCAGAGGAGACCACUAGUACCUUCUGUGGAACCCCAGAGUACCUGGCCCCGGAGGUGCUCAGGAAGCAGCCGUAUGACCGUACAGUAGACUGGUGGUGCCUGGGAGCAGUGCUGUAUGAGAUGCUCUAUGGACUGCCCCCAUUCUACAGCCGUGACGUGUCCCAGAUGUACGAUAACAUUCUGAGCCAACCACUCCAGCUCCCAGGGUGCAAGACCACGGCCACAUGUGACAUACUCCGAGGGCUCCUCCAUAAGGAACAACGAUGCCGUCUGGGUGCUAAAGCUGACUUUCAAGAAAUUAAGAACCACGUUUUCUUCAGUCCAAUUAACUGGGAUGACCUAUAUCACAAGAGGAUCGCUCCACCUUAUAACCCAAACGUGGCUGGGCCAGGAGACCUGCGACACUUUGAUCCAGAGUUCACACAGGAGGCGGUGCCAAACUCGGUUGGUUGCACCCCUGAUUUGAACGUAAGCAGUUGCAGCAGCUCCAGUGCUUUUCUUGGCUUCUCCUAUGCACAGAGUGAUGAGGACUACUUGAGUUGAUCUCACAGUGAUAUUAUAUUUGUCUAUAUAUUGUGCAUCUUGGAAGCAGAUUUAAGCCCCACACUCUUCCUCAGACUAGAGGCAUUAAAGGCCUCACUUCUACUACAAUCAAUGGAGGCAGCUCAAAAGUACUUAUUGUUUUGUGCUGCUCCAAGUCUUAUCUGCUGUUUGUCGCACUGUGAUGUGCCUGGGCAUGGUAGAAGGUCUUGAAGGUCUUAACUGAUGACUACUUGAUCUUAGUUUUGGAAGUAUCAAGAACGGCUCCAAAUAUUGACCCCAUUCAUUGGCAGCUAGGAUUUGGUACAUACAUCACUAAGGAAUGAGCUACCAUAGUACUGUUUUGUGUUCUCCAUCACUGCCUCGUCUCUUCAUUCAUCAUCUCAGAUGUUUUCUUUGUUAUUAUUUCUUGUCUGCCAUCUUCUUUCAUCCAGUUCUGUUUUGCACCCCCUUCAUCCUCCUUUUUGUAUGCCUUUCCUUUUCACCCUCCUGAUUUGUUUGGUCUUUUUCUGGCUUAGGCUACUGUAAAAAUCCCAUUGGCUUGCGUAAUUACAUCAAUAAUUCAUUGAAUACAUUGCAUCAGCCAAAUGGCAAACGUAAAAAGAAAAUUGGCAGACUUUGCAGGAUAUCACAUUUUUGGGCAUUUGCUGAAAAACAUCAUUAACUUUCCAUGAGUAUUGUUUGCAAUGCAAACGCAAUGAGAACUGUUGCAUGUGGCUGAAAUAAGCUGUGGUUUCAAGAUUGCUCUAGUAAUUUGCACUGCAUCAUAACAUGGAGCAUGGUACAGAGUCAUUAGUUGUGACCUGCAUCAUUGCAUUUAUUCAACUACUAAUCAUCUGGAAUAGGGAUGCCCCCUGUCCGGUGACAUCACUGCCCCUACAAUUUACACCACUGCUCAUCCGCUUGCGUCCUUGCCCCCCACUCUGCUGGUAUAGAUUUUUUUUAAAAGCUGGCAACCCUAAUGGGGGAGAAGUUAUCUUUUUAUGUUCACAAUUUAUGCAAAUGUGUGUUCUUAUUUAGUUCAGUAUUCAGUGGAAUCUUUGUGGAGGAUUUGGGAUUUGCCUGGAUUAAAAAUUAUAAAUGACA